GAGACACGUUGAACUUUUGCUUUAGUAGACAUGUCAGCCCCCAGUGCUUAGAAACAACUGACAAUAAACAGUGUAGUUCCUUUGCUAGGCUGAGAACUCCAAAAUGGUCGUUGUUGACUCCGAGACUGCGACCGUUCUUCGUGUCAAAGGUCUGCUGGAGUUCAGAUGUCAGCUGGACAGCACAGAUGAGCAGCUGGUGCGAAAUGUCAUCUCGAGAACGUUUGAGACUCUUCGCUCCCAGGUGAAAUCUGAAUCCUGUGUUCUGGCAGUGAGCGACAGUCCUGUUAUUAUAUGGCCAAACAAAGAUGCUUAUGCCACACCUGAAGAAAUAACUCCAAGUACACUAUGUGAAGAUAUGCAUCAAUGGAUACAGGCAGACGAACAAGAGAGUUCUGGGAAAAAAUCAUCAAAAAAGAAAAGCAAAAAAAGUUCGGUGGCGAGUGUCAUAAACCUUCGUCUGAUGACGGAGGUGACAAAGCCAGGCCCCCUCUCAGCCCCCAUCCUCACCAAAACAGUUCUGAAAUCCCACUUUGUGAGUGUGACUCUUCCACUAGACUGUGUUGUCUGCACCGGCCGCAGCGAUACAAUCAAGGAUGCCUGCGAGCAGCUAAUUGAGGCACUAACUCAUCAGUUGUGUGAAAUGGAGAAAGUGACUCUUCAGAACAUGAAGGGAAUGACAUUACUUGUUCCUGAACCGGUCCACUUCCUCCUUCCAGAACCAAAAGGACUGGUGACUGUGGUUUAUCCAGUAGGAGUGCCUGACAGCCAGCUAGUAGCACAACGUAAGGAGCUGCAUCAGCAGUUUGAGCUACCAGAUGACAGGCCUUACUUCAGAAGAGCCAACGCUUACCACUUUCCCAAUGAGCCCUACAAAGACGGUUAUCUCCGAAACCCUCAUCUGGCUCUCACGCACCCUACCCUAGAUAAUGGAAAGGUGUAUUUGGUCCAGGGGAUCUACAGCUAUCACCACUACAUGCAGGACCGUGUAGAUGACAAUGGCUGGGGCUGUGCUUAUCGCUCCCUGCAGACUAUCUGCUCUUGGUUCCAGCAGCAGGGUUACGUAGAGCUGCCUGUGCCCACUCACAAGGAGAUCCAGCAGGCUUUAGUGGAUGUUGGAGACAAGCAGGCAUCCUUCGUCGGGUCACGUCAGUGGAUUGGAUCCAUUGAGGUUCAGGCUGUUCUGAGUCAUUUGCUUGGGCUCACUUCCAAGAUCCUGUUUGUGAGUCAGGGAGCUGAGCUGGCGUCCAAAGGCCGAGAACUGGCCAACCACUUCCUCACUGAAGGAACUCCAGUCAUGAUUGGAGGAGGCGUUUUAGCUCACACUAUCCUGGGUGUGGCUUGGAGUGAGACCACAGGGCAGAUCCGCUACCUCAUCCUAGAUCCUCAUUACACUGGAGCAGAGGACUUGCAGGUUAUCACAGACAAGGGCUGGUGUGGCUGGAAAGGACCUGACUUUUGGGAUCAAACUGCGUAUUAUAAUCUUUGUCUGCCUCAGAGGCCGAAGGUCAUUUGAGCUCCCUCAGCCUGCCAGAUGGAUCUCAUUUCAGUGAAUCAUGUUCAGAAAUAUGGAGGAGCACUCUAACUCGCCUUCUUUAUGAACACGUGUCAACUUUUGCAAACUGAAGUAAAAUGUGUUAUUACUGUAUGUAAAAGUCUUUGGUUUUGGUUGAGUCCUGCAUAAAUGAUUAACUUGCAGCUACAGUUGGAAGUAAUGUUUGUACUGAAAUAAGAAAAUAGUUGUUUACUGUGCUUUCAUUGUUUGACAUGGUUUAAUAUAACAAAGGCUCAUCAAUUAUAUCAAUUAUGCUCAGUUAUAUACGUUGAUCUUACUUCGUUUCAAACAGUUAAACAGUUUUCUCAUUGCCUUUUGUUCCUGGUGGACAUAUGAACCUACCAUGAAAGAUGGAGUCCUUGCUAAAAUGCCAUAACGGGCAAACCACUCAUUGGUCACUUUAUUAGGUAUACCUGUUUAACCACUUGUUAAUACAAAUAUCUAAUCAGCAAGUUGCAUAGCAACAACUCAAUGUAUUUUGGCAAGUAGACAUGGACAGGACGACCUGUUUAAGUUCAAACUGAGCAUCAGCAUGGGGAGGAAAGGGGAUUAAAGUGAUUUUAUGCCAUGAUUGUUAGUGCCAGACAAGUACAGAGAACGGUCUGAAAAAGAGAAAUUAUCCAGUCAGUGGCAGUUCUCAGAGUGAAAGUAUGUUGCUGAUGCCAGAAGAGAAUGAUCAAACUGCUUUAAGUUGACAACCAAGAUAUGCAGAAGAGCAUCUUUUAUGUGUUGAACUUUGAAACAGGUGGAUUGCAGCAGCAGAAGACCACACUGGGUGCCACUUUUGUCAAUUAAGAACAGGAAACUACAAUUCAUGCAGGCUCACCAAAAUUGGAAAAAAGAAGUUUGAAGAGUUUGAUGUCUGCUGCAACAUCUGGAUGGUAGGGUCAGAAUUUGGUGUAAAUAGCAUGAAAUCAUGGCUCCAUCCUGCCUUAUGUCAAUAGUUCAGGCUGAUGGUGGUGUAAUGGUGUGGGGAGCAUUGCUGCUGACCAUGUCCAUCCUUUUAUGACCUCAGUGUAAUCUUCUGAUCAAUACUUCCAGGAUAUGAACCAAAAUCUCUCAGGAAUGUUGCCAGCACCUUGUUGAAUCUGUGCUACAAUAUUACUAUUUAUAUGAUAAAUAAUUAGUUGGUGUAGUCCUACAUAAGACGACUAAAGAACAAACCUUACAUCACAUUGUACAAAUAUGUAUUCUGUAUUCAUUUGGAAACAAGUUACAGUUGAAACAGAAAGAAAUUAACUCUGUUUUUAAUGAAUAAAAUACAUUUCACUGAAACUAA